UUUUUUCUUUGCCACCUCCGGGUGGCGCUGUGGUGCCGGCCGGGCAGCAGGCAACCGUAAAACAGCCGACGAAACCUCAAGAAAGAAAACAGCGGCAGGGGGCGAGCGAAAGUGGGUGCAAAGGUCAACUUUUAUAUCGAGUGUUGUGCAAGGUGUUGAGUUAACUCCCACAAACUUUUAUGUUUUGCGGUCGAUGACAAGCGACGGUUCGGACAGUUAAAUGUGACUUUUAGCGCGAGCGUCUGUGCAGUCGGACAGGUAGCAUCCGCCUGUUAGCCACAUUAGCCGCUAGCUCGUGGCCAGAAGCCAAAAAAAAACCGGGGAUGAAUUUGUGCCAAAACGGCAGCCUGCGGCCGGAGGAGGCGGUGGUGGUGGAGAACGCCAUCCGGCUGGCGAUAGACUCCGUCGUCAACGUGCUGUUCGGCGUGAGCAGCGGCCGCAGUCGCGAGUACCAGCGGAUGGUGGCCGAAAGGGACAAAGAGAUCGCCAGGUUGCAGCGCGAGGUGCACGCGCUUCGCCGGCGGGGAUGCGCUUCGUGCACGCUGCUCUCCGGGGUCGGCGGCGGCGGCGGCGAGCUCGACCUUGGGACCCCCGAUCGGUCCCCCCCCCCGGGCACCGGCCAGCAGCAGCAGUGUGAACUAGAUUUCUCUUCGGGUCUCUUCGACGGCCCCCCGUCACACGACCCCUCGCCCCCCCGCGGCCAAGCGGACCCGUCGCGCGCCCCGGAGGAGGGCGGCCCCGCCGUCAAAGAGGAGCCGUGCAACGUGGACGCCGUCCUCGUCAAGUGGGAGCCGAGCGAGGAGGAGAGCGGCGGUGGUCCCGCUUGGGACGCAGAACGGGAGAUCCGAGAAGACGCGGACGGGCUGGCGCGUGUCGCGGAGGCGGAGCAACUCAGGAACAAAAAGAAACGAGUGCCCACGGCGGAGCUGCCCGAGGAGGCCCAGCAGCAGAAGCGCGCGGCCUGGCGAGCCGCUUCCCGACGCUACUACGCCCGCAAGGUGGCCCGCCAGCGGGCCGGCUCCGCCCGCUUCCACCGCCCGCCGCCGCCGGCCACGCACUGCGGCCCCUUCGCCGACAACGCCGGGAGGCGGGCGCCCGUUCCCGUCUCGCCUCAGGACUCGCAGGCCCGGCAGCGGGAGGCGUGGCGAGCCUCCUCCAGGCGCUACUAUCACGCCAGGAAAAUGGCGCACCAACAGCAACGCGGGGCCCCGCAGUUCCGUGGCGCCGAGCCGCCGGGGGACGACCGAGGAGGACUGGAGGGAAUUUUGUGCAGUUGAUCACAAAUUUUUAUUUUGUGCUCUCUAAAAUCACUUCAAAAUUACAUGAAAGUUAAUUUACGGAGAUUACUGCGUAUGGGCUGUUUGGUUUUAGGCUUAGCGUCGGCUACGUGGUCUGUCCCCGCGUUCAAAAUCUGUCGCUCAUGCGCGACUAAUCGCAAAUCAAUCAAGGGAUUUGUAAUUGACUUUUUGCUUAACUUCAGUCGUCCACUAACUACAAAUUCCGACGUAACAAUUCGGGACUUAUCGAUUCAUCGCUUCAGCCCCGGAGUCGACUCUAACGUCCGUCCGUCGCUGUGUUCAGAGUCAUUCAGUCGUGCUGUGCUCUCAUCGCCGUAAAAAUGAUUAGGAAAUGGAAAAAUCAAUAGUUGCAGUGGGAUUUUAAAGGCCAGGCUAGCACUCCAAAAUACUGGAUUUUCUAAAACGGUAUGAACGUCACACAAAAUAUGAAUUUGUGCGUGCAACGCCUUCCGACCGUGGCCACCAGGGAGCAGCAAAGCACCGAAAUAAAUUAUCCGAAACGACAAACCGGAACGUAAAUAAACUAAUUGAAACGAA